AUGGAGCGCGCCACCCGCCCGGGGCCGCUCGUGCGGGCGCUGCUGCUGCUGCUGCAGCUGCUGCUGGGGCUCGCGGCUGGCACGGUGGCCGCAGGGCGCGCCCCCGACCUCCCCGCGCCGAAGGUGGAGGCGGCGUUCGGCCUGGGCGCCGCGGCCGCUCCCACUUCAGCAGCGCGGGUGCCGGCUGCGGGGGCCGUGGCUGCGGCCGAGGUGACGGUGGAGGACGCCGAAGCAGUGCCGGCGGCCGCGGUCGAGCAGGAGCCGCGGGAGCCGGAGCCCGACGACGAGGCCGAGCUACAGCCGCGAGGCAGAUCAUUAGUGAUUAUCAGCACUUUAGAUGGGCGAAUUGCUGCCUUGGAUCCUGAGAAUCGUGGUAAAAAACAGUGGGAUUUGGAUGUGGGAUCCGGCUCCUUGGUUUCAUCCAGCCUCAGCAAACCAGAGGUAUUUGGGAAUAAGAUGAUCAUUCCUUCCCUGGAUGGAGACCUCUUUCAGUGGGACCGGGACCGUGAGAGCAUGGAAACUGUUCCUUUUACAGUUGAAUCGCUUCUUGAAUCUUCUUAUAAAUUUGGAGACGAUGUUGUUUUGGUUGGAGGAAAGUCUCUCACUACCUACGGACUCAGUGCAUAUAGUGGAAAGGUGAGGUAUAUCUGCUCAGCUUUGGGUUGUCGCCAGUGGGAUAAUGAUGAAAUGGAACAAGAAGACAUCCUGCUUCUGCAGCGCUCCCAGAAAACUGUUAGAGCUGUUGGACCUCGCAGUGGCAAUGAGAAGUGGAAUUUCAGUGUUGGCCACUUUGAACUUCGGUAUAUUCCAGACAUGGAAACUAGAGCCGGAUUUAUUGAAAGCACCUUAAAGCCCAGUGGGAACAAAGAAGGGUCUAAAAUUAUUUCAGAUGUGGAAGAACAGGAAGCUGCCAUGAUGGACACAGUGAUAAAGGUGUCGGUUGCAGACUGGAAGGUUAUGGCGUUUAAUAAGAAGGGAGGACAUCUGGAAUGGGAAUACCAGUUUUGUACUCCCAUUGCAUCUGCCUGGUUGGUUAAGGACGGAAAAGUCAUUCCCAUCAGUCUUUUUGAUGAUACAAGUUAUGCAUCUAAUGAUGAGGUUUUAGAAGAUGAAGAAGACAUUGUAGAAGCUGCUCGAGGAGCCACAGAAAACAGCGUUUACUUGGGAAUGUACAGAGGUCAGCUGUAUCUGCAGUCAUCAGUCAGAAUUUCAGAAAAGUUUCCUACAAGUCCCAAGGCCUUGGAAUCUGUCAAUAAUGAAUAUGCAAUUGUUCCUUUGCCAACAAUCAAAUGGAAGCCCUUAAUUCAUUCCCCGUCCAGAACUCCUGUCUUGGUAGGGUCUGAUGAAUUCGACAAAUGUCUUAGCAACGAUAAGUUUUCUCAUGAAGAGUACAGCAACGGUGCGCUUUCAAUCUUGCAAUACCCAUAUGAUAAUGGUUAUUACCUACCAUACUACAAGAGGGAGAGGAGCAAACGGAGCACACAGAUCACAGUCCGAUUUCUCGAUAACCCAAAUUACAACAAGAACAUUCGCAAAAAGGAUCCCGUUCUCCUCUUACACUGGUGGAAAGAGAUAGUCGGAACUAUUCUAUUUUGUAUCAUAGCAACAACUUUCAUCGUGCGUAGGCUUUUCCAUCCUCAUCCUCACAGACAAAGGAAGGAAUCGGAAACUCAGUGUCAGACUGAAAGUAAAUAUGAUUCUGUAAGUGGAGACGCCAAGGACAGUAGCUGGAAUGACAUAAAAAAUUCUGGGUAUAUAUCGCGAUAUCUAACAGAUUUUGAGCCGGUUCAGUGCCUGGGACGCGGUGGGUUUGGAGUUGUCUUUGAAGCCAGAAAUAAAGUUGAUGACUGCAAUUAUGCUAUCAAGAGAAUCCGUCUCCCCAACAGGGAAUUGGCUCGGGAAAAGGUAAUGCGAGAAGUUAAAGCCUUAGCCAAGCUUGACCAUCCAGGAAUUGUGAGAUAUUUCAAUGCUUGGUUGGAGGCACCACCAGAGAAGUGGCAAGAAAAAAUGGAUGAAAUCUGGCUGAAAGAUGAAAGCACAGACUGGCCACUCAGCUCUCCUAGUCCAGUGGAUGGACCAUCCGUUAAAAUACGCAGAAUGGACCCUUUCUCUACAAAGGAACAUAUUGAGAUCAUAGCUCCUUCUUCACAAAGGAGGUCUUUUUCAGUAGGGAUUUCCUGUGGCCAGACAAGUUCAUCCGAGAGCCAGUUCUCUCCACUGGAAUUAUCAGGAACAAACCACGGAGAUACCAGUGAAUCAGUGGAUGCAGCCUACAACCUCCAGGACAGUUGCCUUACAGAGUGUGAUAUGGAAGACGGUACCAUGGACGGCAAUGAGGAGGGGCACUCCUUUGAACUUUGUCCUUCUGAAGCUUCUCUUUAUGGAAGGUCAAGGGAGCGAACAUCCUCUUCUAUAGUGUUUGAAGAUUCUGGCUGCGAUAAUGCAUCCAGGAAAGAAGAGCACAAAACUGACCGCCUGCAUAUUGGCAACCAUUGUGCUAAUAAACUGACUCCUUUCAAGCAUUCCAGUAGCAAAUCUUCUUCCGAACCUACCUUCUCUAUUUCUCCUCCAAGACCGACCACUUUGAGUUUAGAUCUCACUAAAAACACUGCAGAAAAGCUCCAGCCCAGUUCACCGAAGGUAUAUCUUUACAUUCAGAUGCAGCUGUGCAGAAAGGAAAACCUCAAAGACUGGAUGAACAGUCGGUGCACCAUAGAGGAGAGAGAGAGGAGCAUGUGUCUGCACAUCUUCCUGCAGAUCGCAGAGGCUGUAGAGUUUCUGCACAGUAAAGGGCUCAUGCACAGGGACCUCAAGCCUUCCAACAUAUUCUUUACAGUGGACGAUGUGGUCAAGGUCGGGGACUUUGGACUAGUGACUGCAAUGGACCAGGAUGAGGAAGAGCAGAUGGUUCUGACCCCAAUGCCAGCGUGUGCCAGACACACAGGACAAGUAGGGACCAAACUGUAUAUGAGCCCAGAGCAGAUUCAUGGAAGCAACUACUCUCAUAAAGUGGACAUCUUUUCUUUAGGCCUCAUUCUGUUUGAACUGCUGUACCCAUUCAGCACUCAGAUGGAGAGAGUCAGGAUCUUAACUGAUGUAAGAAAUCUCAAAUUUCCACCACUGUUUACUCAGAAAUAUCCUCGUGAGUAUGUGAUGGUUCAAGACAUGCUCUCUCCAUCCCCCAUGGAACGGCCUGAAGCUACGAACAUUAUUGAAAAUGCUGUAUUUGAAGACUUGGAAUUUCUAGGAAAAACUGUACUCAGACAGAGGUCUCGUUCCAUGAGUUCAUCAGGAACAAAACAUUCAAGACACUGCAGCAGCUCCUGGAGCCCUUUGCCAAGCACUUAG